AUUAAGAAUAAUAUGUCCUAAGGAAAUUAAGAUCCAUAACUUUAAGCCGAAUAAAUUGAUAUCAUUCGAAAGAAACCGAGUCUUAAGUUACAACCUGAGGUGAAUUACCUAAAAGAAUAGUACUUCUUAUUUUAUUUUCUAAACUCUAAAUUAGAAUUGAAAUCUAGAGUGUUAAAAACAAUAAGUUAGAACCAAUUUUUUUCCAAGACCCUAGAGUGGAAGAUAAGCAUUGUCUAUUAGAAAUUAUGGUGGCUAAAUAAAUAGAAUCCAAACAAUUGGCGAAAUCGUAAACUGAAUAUUUAUUUGAUAUUAUUUAGAAUUCAUGCGUCUCAUUAACUUGGAGGAGUGUUUUUAUUUAUAGUAACUGCAAUCAAACUACUCGGCUUAAAUAAAUUUACUACUAUCUCAUUUACAAUUGCCAUUUUGAUCAUAAUAU